AUGACUCUGAGCCCCCAAGAGAUUGCGCAGCUGCGCGUGGCCCUCCAGGAUGCCGUUGUCAGAUGCUCAGAGCGCUGUCUCUAUCAGUCUUCAAGAUGGUGUGUUGUCUGCCACUCGCAGUCGCGUCUCUCUCCUACCAAGCUGACAUAUCACGGUCCGAUCAGGGCGGCAGAACUGUUGAAUGCGUUGCCGGAAACCGAAGACGCCGACGAUGCCUCCAAGCAGGCCUUCACCUCGCCGAUCAACACCCCCAACCUAGACCCGGAGGAGGCUGCUCUGGAGGCCAAGGAGCUGAGCAAGUACCUGCUAGCCAAGUCCUUCUUCGACUGUCACGAGUACGACCGAUGCGCCGCCGUCUUCCUUCCCGACUCCUUGCUGUCGAGCGUCCUGAGCUCGAGAUUCGAAGCAGCUCCCGCGACUCCGAGAUCCAGGGAAAAGGCGAGGGCGUCGAUGUCAUCGCGCCCAUCGACCGCUGCCGAGCUGCCCCGCCUUAGCCAAAAGGCCUUGUUCCUCGCCCUGUACGCCAAGUUCAUGGCCGGCGAGAAGCGCAAGAAUGAGGAGUCGGAGAUGGUCAUGGGCCCCCAGGAUCUGGGCACCGUCGUCAACAAGGAGCUUCUCGUCGUCGGCCGCUUCCUGUCGGCCUGGUUCGAGGAGAGAGCCGGCGAGGACGGCGAUGUCGAGGCAAGCCAAGGUUGGCUCGAAUACUUAUAUGGCGUGGUGCUGGCGAAAGAGAAGAACGACGAGAAAGCCAUGGAGCUGUUGAUCCGCAGUGUCCACAAAUACACCAUGAACUGGGGUUGCUGGUUGGAAAUGACGUCUCUAAUAUCCAGGGCCGAAGAUCUGGCUCGUGUAUCGCGACAUUGCCCGGAACACAUUAUCUCGUACAUGUUCCACCUCCACGCCUCACUGGAACUGUACCAGCAGUCACCGAGUCUGGCCAACUCGCUAGAGCGGCUCCUCUCGAUCUUUCCGACCUCGUCAUUCCUCCUGACCUGCAAUGCGCUCCUGGCGUAUCACUCCAAGGAUCUCAUGGCGGCGGAGCAGCAUUUCAGCAGGCUUCUAGCCCUGCAUCCUCACAGGCUCGACUCGCUCGACCACUACUCCAAUAUACUCUACGUCCUGGGCCUCCGGCCGAAGCUGGCCUUCCUGGCACAUCUCUGCUCGAGCGUGGAUAAAUUCCGACCAGAGGCCUGCGUCGUCAUCGGGAACUACUACUCUCUGCUGUCCAUGCACGAGAAGGCGGUGCAGUACUUCCGCCGCGCGCUGACGCUCGACCGGUCGUGCCUCUCGGCCUGGACACUCAUGGGACACGAGUACGUGGAGCUCAAGAACACGCACGCAGCAAUCGAAUCGUACCGACGGGCCGUGGACGUCAACCGCCGAGACUACCGUGCCUGGUAUGGCCUGGGCCAGACGUACGAGAUGCUGGAGAUGCACACAUACUCGCUGUGGUACUACAAGAAGGCAGCCGGACUGCGACCGUGGGACGGUAAGAUGUGGAUGGCUGUCGGGUCAUGCCUGCAGAAGAUGGGUCGCGAGCGCGACGGCAUCAAGGCGCUCAAGCGGGCCCUACUGGCCGACGCGUAUUACGAGACGGGGAGCAGCUUCGGCAGCGGCGGGGAGCUCCUGGGCCCCCGCAGCGUGACGGGACACAUGGACCCAGACAUACUGCUGCAGAUUGCAGUCAUGUACGACCAGCUCGGCGAGGAAGAGGAGGCAAAGGCGUACAUGGAGCUGUGCAUGUCGCAGGAGGACGGUGGUGGUGCGGGAGACGGCAACGAUGACGGCGGCAGCAACAACCUGGCCGAGUCUGUCAGGAUCCACAACGACUCGCCCGCGGGGUCGGACGACGGUGCAGCACCGGGAGCGUCGACGGCACCGCAUGCUGGCGAGGAUCGGAGCACGGGCCGCGAGGGCACAGGCGUGACGGCGGCCACCAGCAAGGCCCGGAUGUGGCUAGCGCGGUUCGCGAUGCGCACGGCCGACUACCAUACGGCCAACCGGCUGGCCACGGAGAUGUGCCAGGACGGCGUCGAGGUUGAGGAGGCCAAGGCCCUGGUGAGAGAGGUCAGGUCGAGGCUGGACGCAUCCAACGCGCUGGAAGGUGAUGACUUGGCGCGCUAG